AUGAGGAAGAAAACCAUUGCUAAAAGGCCUCCUCGUAAAAAAGUUUACAAGCUUCCCACAAAGCCUUCCACUCGCUCCCAAGACCGGACAUUUACCCCAUCUUCUUCUCCUCCUACCUCUCCUCCUCGCUGUGACCCCAUGGCUCAGACCAAAAACACUCCAAGAUACCCUGCCUCUGCUAAGCCGACGCCACCACCAAAGACGACACCCUCCAAACCAAGCUCUUUGAAACCUGGCUCAUCCAAGGGUAAGCGUCCUGCUGUUGAAGAACCUGUUCCUGAGACAGCAAAACCUAAGUCAAUGUCUGUUCCUGUGUGCUCACAAAGCGGUAACCCUCAUCGGCCUCUCAAAUCUGUUAGAGAACCAGACAUCGAUCCUUUUGCUCACAAAUCACACUUCAUGACAUCUCACUCAGACUAUAACCCCCAUCGUUUCAAAUCUGCCAUGAAUCAUGAUUUUUAUGAGGGAGUUAUUCAGUUCUUAGUCAAAGAAUUUUAUGCAAACAUGACUUACCAUGAAGGAAGUGUGCAUUUUUAUGUUAAGGGCAGAGACAUUAUCUUGAAUAAUGAAACUAUCAGUGAUUCCUUGAAGUACACUGAUGUUGGGCUGUAUGCUUAUACAUCUGUGAAAUGGGAUGAAGGUGUUGAAAUCUCUUUUGCCUACUUGAUGGCUAGAUACAUGUUUGAUUCUGUUCAAAGUGUAAAAGAUAAAGCACUACCUUAUGGCAUGUUUUUAACUUGCAUAUUUGAAAAUUUUGGUGUUGACCUGUCAAAUGAGGAUUACGAAAACAGACAUUCAUACCUAAAAGGGGGUGGUUUAGUGAAACAGCAAAAAGGACCAACUCGAUCUGAGAAAGUGGUUCUAGAUGAUGAUGAUGAAGAGUUCAUUCCUGAUGACUCUCUUCCUCCUACCACCGAGGGUACUUCCAUUUCCACUGGGAAGAAAUCAGCUCUGCUGAAUGUGGUCAAGGAUGUCGCUCAAGAGAUUUAUAGUGAUAUUUUUGUUGAUCUUGGUUAUUGUCUGCCCUUGAUGACAAAAGGGGGAGUAAUAAUCGGUCAAUCUCAAACAUGUCCUGUUGAAAAUGCCAAUAAAUGUGACGAUUCAGAGUGGGAGGGAGAAUUCUUUCCUGCCAUUAACAAAAUUAAAUAUGAGGGUCCCUCUAGCAAGAACCCACUUUCAUUUAAAUGGUAUAACGCAGAGGAAGAAAUUCUUGGAAAAAAGAUGAAGGACUGGUUCAGAUUUAGUGUUGCAUUUUGGCAUACAUUUCGUGGAACAGGUGCAGACCCGUUUGGUGCACCUACCAAGCACUGGCCGUGGGAAGAUGGUACCAAUUCUGUUAAAAUGGCUAAAAGAAGAAUGCGAGCUAACUUUGAGUUUAUAAACAAACUUGGAAUUGAUCUGUGGUGCUUCCACGAUCGGGAUAUUGCCCCUGAUGGAGAAUCUCUGGAGGAAGCUAAUGCAAACUUGGAUGAAGUGGUUGCCCUUGCCAAGGAGCUCCAGACUCAGGGAAAAAAGAAAGUUUUAUGGGGAACAGCUCAAUUGUUUAUGCAUCCUCGUUAUAUGCAUGGUGCUGCUACUAGCUCUGAGUUAGGCGUCUAUGCAUAUGCUGCUACACAAGUGAAGAAGGCUAUGGAAGCUACGCAUUAUUUGGGGGGAGAAAAUUUUGUUUUCUGGGGUGGCCGUGAGGGUUAUCAAUCCCUUUUGAACACAGAUAUGGAACGAGAGCUUAAUCAUUUGGCUAGGUUUUUUGAAGCUGCUGUUGCAUAUAAGAAGAAGAUUGGAUUCAAUGGGACUCUGUUGAUCGAACCCAAGCCGCAGGAGCCUACAAAACAUCAGUAUGAUUGGGAUGCUGCAACCACAUCUAACUUCUUGCGAAAAUAUGGACUUAUAGGAGAAUUCAAACUCAACAUUGAGUGCAAUCAUGCCACCUUAUCCGGUCAUAGUUGUCACCAUGAGCUUGAAACUGCAAGGAUUAGUGGACUACUUGGUAAUAUUGAUGCAAACACUGGUGAUCCUCAAGUUGGAUGGGAUACAGAUCAAUUUCUUGUAGAUAUUCAAGAAGCAACAAUGAUUAUGCUCAGUGUGGUCAGAAAUGGUGGAAUUGCACCAGGUGGAUUCAACUUUGAUGCCAAAUUGCGAAGAGAGAGCACGGAUGUUGAAGACUUAUUCAUUGCUCACAUCAUCGGUAUGGAUACUAUGGCCCGCGGCCUCAAGAACGUUGCUAAGUUAGUUGAGGAUGGUGCUCUAGCUGAGCUUGUUCGGAAGAGAUACCAGAGUUUUGACACUGAAAUUGGUGCUCAAAUAGAGGCUGGUAAAGCUGACUUUGACUUCUUGGAGAAGAAAGUUAAGGAAUGGGGAGAACCCAAGGUUGCUUCAGCUAAACAGGAGCUAGCUGAGAUGAUCCUCCAGUCUGCAUUGUAAAAAAGUAGAAAGCAUUAUCGAUGUGACUAAAAUGGGCAUGGAUUCUGUUUCUGUUUGUUCUUCAAUUAGAAAUAGCUUAGCAAUCAGCAUAGUGGGUAGUUUUAGAGAAACAAAAUGUUAUGUUUAAGAUGCAUUCUUCAACCUUGGCAAGACCUAUUAGUUUUCACUCAGGAAUGAUGCUAUGUUAGUAACUUCAUGUGAAUCCUAGUCCUUAAAAUAAUUCAGUAAACUAGGUAUC